AUGGGUCUCCGAACUUGCAAAAGCCUGCAUUGGACAGAGAGAGAGAGAGCGAGCGAGCGAGAGAGAGAGAGAGGGCGAAAAGUGUCAUUGAAGAUAAUUGAUUACCUCCCAAUCAACAAUAACUUGUUAGCAAUAGUCAAUUACCCCGUCUCUUCUCGCCUCUUUCCCCCCGGUCCGAGGUCUCGGUGCGAGGGCUGCUCUCCCCCUCUUCGAAGUCUUUUUUUUUUCUUUUUCCUUUUUUUUUUUUUUUUUUUUAAUUUUCAUUAUUUUGGGGGGCAUUCGUUUCGGGGGGGAGGGCAGGGAAAGUGCUGCGAUUUGGGGUGUUUCUUAAAAUAGCAGCUGAGAAGAGGAAAAGAGAGGAGAGAGAGAGAGCAAAGAGAGAGAGAGAGAGAGAGAGAGAGGACAGAGAGAGAGAGAGAGGGAAAAAUCCCCGACCCGAAACCCUGGGACAGGAGGUGCGGCAGGACCACCUCUCGGCGAGGGACCGACGGCAGCUCCGCUCCCGGCCGCCCUGCCGGCCGCCCGACGUGGCUCUCCCCGGGCAGAACCGGGGCUCCUCCGCCGGCCUUGGAGGUGGGCUUCAACUUUUGCUCGCUGCCCUCUCCUCCGCCUCUUCCCCGCGCUCCCGCCGGGGUUUUCUCCCCGCGGCAGCGCAUCCCCGCGGCGGGUGGGGAAGGCAGCCCCGCGCGGCCCGGCCCCACCAUGACUUCCAAAGAAGAAGCCAAACCUUCGUCGGGGGAAGAACGCCGGAGGAGCCCUCUGGAUCACCUCCCCCCGCCGGCCAACUCCAACAAGCCCCUCACCCCCUUCAGCAUCGAGGACAUCCUCAACAAGCCGUCGGUGCGGAGGAGUUACGCGCUGUGCGGGACUGCCCACCUGCUGUCCGCCGCCGACAAGCACCCCCCGGCCGGGCUGCCCCUCUCCGGCCGGCCGCUGCUCUCACAAACGUCUCCUCUGUGCGCCCUGGAGGAGCUGGCCAGCAAGACCUUCAAGGGGCUGGAAGUCAGCGUGCUGCAGGCGGCCGAAGGCAGGGACGGGAUGACGAUCUUCGGGCAGCGGCAGACGCCGAAAAAGCGUCGGAAGUCGCGGACGGCCUUCACCAACCAUCAGAUCUACGAGCUGGAGAAGAGGUUCCUCUACCAAAAAUACCUGUCGCCGGCGGACCGGGACCAGAUCGCCCAGCAGCUGGGGCUCACCAACGCCCAGGUCAUCACCUGGUUCCAGAACCGCCGCGCCAAGCUCAAACGCGACCUGGAGGAGAUGAAGGCCGACGUGGAGUCCGCCAAAAAGCUGGGCCCCAACCCCGCCGUGGACAUCGUGGCCCUGGCCGAGCUGGAGCCCAGCACCGAGGGUCGGGGCAAAGCUCGGCCCGGCUCCCCCCCGCCGCCCCCCGCAGCCCGGGAGCCCGGCGCCCCGCCGCCGCCCCGCCCCGCCUCGCCCCCCACGGAGCGGCCCCGCAGCCGCCGGGACAGCGAGGAGGAGGAGGACGAGGAGGAGGAGGACGUGGAGAUCGACGUGGAUGACUGAGGGGCGGCCGCCGGGCUCCCCCCCGCACCCCACGCCCCCCUCAGCCCGCUACCCCAUCCCCGCCCGACGGCUCCAAACCGGCCUCCCCCCCCCACCCCCCCAGCCCGGCCCGGCACGGCUCGGCACGGCUCGGCCCGGCGGCUUCUCCUCCUCGGUCAGAGCAAUAAGCAGCAGCAGCCCGGCACACACACACACACACAAACACACCCCCACACACCCACAGUCACGCGAAAAUUAAUUUAGGGUAGAGUCGCUAUCCCUCCGCCUGUCACAUCUUCGGAAUGGUGCAAUUACGGACGGCUUCUGUAUAAAUAUUUAAACGUAUAUAUUGGAUUUUUUUUCCCCCUUCCCCCUUUUAUUUUUUAUUUUUUGAGGUUUUCAUUAUUUUUUUUUUUUAAAUAUCCACCCGUUGCGAUUAUUUCACCCAUAAGGGAGACGCGUAACCUUGGAACAAACUCGGCUCCCACCAGCUGUCUGGGGGGGGCGGUUGUUUCCAAAGACUUCCGAAACGAGCCGCUUUAGGGGAGGUUUAAGUUAGGCUUAAAACGGCGACGACACGAAAUCAGCCACUUUUCUUUCCCUGCAUGUUUCAAAUGUGCACGAAGUAAUUUUAUUAUUUUUUUUCCUUUUAAAAACAUUUUUUUUUUCCUUUCGCAGUCUUGGGAACUUGGGGAUGGGGUAUAAUGCAAGUUUAAAAAUAUAUACUUUCUUUUUUUCCUAGAGCAUAGAGAUUUGUCUCCAAUGCAAUUUCUGCCUCAUUUUACCAAUUAAAAGCUAUUUUUACCAUUUUCUGCUAUUGUUGUGCUUUUAUUAAAAAGCUGCCUUUCGUAUUUUUGAUAUGAAGGUGGUAACAAAAAAAAAAAAAAAAAGAAAAGAAAAAAAAUCCUAGAAUUAUUUUUUACUCUUUUUAGAAUUUUUUGCAUGCUACGGAAAUAAAAAGAACAAAUCCCAAGAUCAAUACAUUUAAAUAUUACGCUAUAAAUUAAAAAAUAAAAAAAAUGUACAGAUUUAAAACCUGUUUUUGUUUGAAUUGUACAAAUUUUAAAAGGCCUGCUAUUUAAGUUCCGGUAGGGACAAUGUCGCUUUAUUUACUGUCUCUUAGAAUUGUACAGAUAGCUCUCUUUUCCGAUACAAUAAAAUCUUUACCAUUU